AUUAAUAUCGGCAGGAGGUGGGCAGUCGAAGUUGUUUGAUCGCAGGAUGAAGACGCUUCACGUGGGGAUUAUUCUGGGAGUGGUCGUGGUGUUGGGGACCAUUGGAGGGUUGAUAGCAUGGGGGGUAAUAGCAUCCCGCGACCCUCCGGCACUCCCACCACCGGAGCUGAUCGAGCUGGACUGGUGGCAGCACUGCGCGCUCUACCAGAUCUACCCCAGGUCCUUCAUGGACAGCGACGAGGACGGCAUCGGGGAUUUGACUGGUAUAAUGAGCAGAUUAGAGCACUUCAAGGACGCGGGUGUGGACGCCAUCUGGAUGUCUCCCAUCUUCAAGUCUCCUAUGAUAGACUUCGGCUACGACAUCAGCGACUUCUACGACAUUCACGAAGAAUACGGGAACAUGACCCAGUUCUUAGAUCUCUUGAACAGAGCUCAUGAACUCGGUAUCAAAGUGCUCCUUGACUUCGUGCCGAACCACGCCAGCACUGAGUCCAAAUACUUCAUCAAGUCUGAAGAGAGCGACCCCAAGUACAAGGACUUCUUUGUGUGGGCCGAUGGAUAUGUAGACCCAGAGAACGAGACCAAUAUGCUACCCCCUUCGAACUGGGUGAGUCAGUUCGGAGGAUCCGCUUGGGAAUGGAGCGACAAAAGACAGCAGUUCUACCUCCACCAGUUCGCCAAGGAACAGGCCGACUUCAACUUCAGACACCAAGGCGUCAAAGAAGAAAUGUUCAGUAUCAUGGAGUUCUGGUUGGAUAAAGGUGUUGACGGCUUCAGAGUCGACGCUCUGCCGUACUUGAUGGAGGCUGAUCCAGCUGACCAUGGCGGGAAGUACCCUGAUGACCCGCUAAGUGGCCUGGCACAGUUCGAAUCCCACCAGCUCGGGUACACUAUUCCGCUAUACACCAAGGAUCUGAUUGAAUUGUACGACGUUGUGUACGGCUGGAGAGAGUUCAUUGAUAAGUAUAAUGAAGAUCACGGUGGUGACACGAGGGUCAUCUUCUCCGAAGGCUAUGCCAACAUCACCAUGACCAUGUUAUACUACGGCAACGAGAAGGGAGCCAUCGGCGCCCACUUCCCCUUCAACUUCGACUUCAUCACCGACGUGUCUGCCAAGUCCAAUGCCCGGGACUUCGUGUACACUAUCCUCAAGUGGCUUACAUACAUGCCUCAUGGCGCCGUUGCUAACUGGCAGUUCGGAAACCACGACAACAACAGAAUGCCGACGCGCUUCCGUCACGACAUGGUGGACGGCCUCAACUCUGUCAACAUGAUGCUUCCCGGCACGUCAGUCACGUACCAAGGCGAAGAGAUCGGCAUGAGGGACGGCUACGUCAGCUGGGAGGACACCGUCGACGUCGAGGCCUGCAACCGCGGGGACAACGAGACCUACCACCUCUACUCCCGAGACCCCGCGAGAACACCCUACCACUGGGACAAUACUACCAAUGCUGGUUUCUCUACUCAUAAUAAGACUUGGCUGCCAGUAGCUGAUGAUUAUGAGGAACUUAAUCUUGCUAAACAGAAGGAGGAUGAUAGAAGUCAUUUUAAGGUUUACCAAAAAUUGACCGCAUUAAGGAAAGAAGUGACGCUCUCCCACGGAGAGUACAGCAUCAGGGCGCUAUCGGACAGCACCUUCUACCUGGUGCGGUACCUCCGGACCUAUGAUACUCUGGUCCUGCUCUUCAAUGUCGGAGAGGAACCAGACACGGUAGUCCUGGACAGGGUGCCCAACCUGACCACACCAGCUACCGUAUAUGUUUCUAGUAUACAUUCGAGUAAAAGAGAAGGUGACGUCAUCGAGGCUGCCACGUUGACAUUAGUUGCAGGGGAGGCUGUAAUCCUACGAGCGCCGCCAGUCUAGGAGUUAUUGUUGCAUAGCUCUAAGUUAAAUGUUACAAUUGUACAUAUAUUUAUUUAUUUUAAGCUUUAAUUUAUAAUAUUAAAUACUUUUUUUUUA